AUGAAAAUGAAGAACAUGAAGAAGAAGGGUGAGUUUUGUGGGAAACCACGACCGUCCGAGUAAUCCUAAUUUCCUUAUCAAUCGUAGUCGCCUCUGCCUUCUCCCCUCCGUGUCCAUUUGGUUCACUAGUUUCCCUUGCAGAAUCUGCAAACACUUUUAUCACAAUGUCCACGAUUUCGGACAAAUUGCCGACGGACCAGAACUAUUUCUCGGUGCCCGCGCCGCCCAAACCGACCAAGAUUUGCGGAUUCUUCGCCGUUCACAAAGGUUGGUUCGAGCUGAAAAAUAUUGUCGCUGAUCGCUUAUCGUAAAAAGAGAAAAGGCGGAAAACAUAAUUGUUGACUUUUUAGUUAUCAAACACCUUUUCGGCUUUUGCAAGUCGAGUUAUUUAUAGAAGGGAAACUUUCAGUGUCCAUCGUCGGAAUCCUCUUCAAUGCCACGUUCCUUCUUGCCUUAUACGUGUACGGUCUCAUCCGAUUGGUGCAAAAAGAGCCCCGGAACUACGUGGAGAUCAUACGUUAGUUUCUCUCGUUUUAUUCAAUCUCAAACUGUCCCCAUUACAGUAAUCUGCACAGCCGUUAUCACAAUGCUUCUCGUGUUCAGUCUCCUGUUCAUAGUCGCCAUUUUCCGUGCGAGACCCAAACUCUUGCUGCCGUAUAUCGUGCUCAACACCAUUCUUUUUUUCGCCUAUGCAGGUCAGUUAGUUCACUGAGGAAUUUCAUCGAAAUGAAAUGAAAACAUAAUCAGUUGAACAAACAUAAAUUUUAUCGCAAUUUUCGAUGAACCGACGAACCGGAUGACGCGCGAAAUUGGGUUCAUUUUCGAGUUUGCAGGUGCGGUAAUCGGGUCGACCAUCACAGUUCCCGACGAAAUAAGGGAAGAGGUGAUCGGAGAGGACCGCAGUUAUAUUAUAGCGGACAUCAUUCUGUUACGGUCAGUUUCGGAAGGAAAACUCUGCAAUUAGAAUGUUUCGGUGUUUAGGGUGGCACUUCUUCUGUGCGGAGCAUUCGAGAUCUUCUUCAUUUACGCAUACAUCUGGACUUAUAUUGACGUUCGCCGGUUAUAUCUCUUCAAUCGGCGGUGA